GUAGAAGAUUGAAAAAAUUCAGAACAAGCGCUGAACUAAAAUGAAGAGUAGCUAGGUUUUUGAAUUGCACUCCAUUCACCUGCGAGCUGACAAAAUAAGAUGGUCCAGCAUCCACCUCCGCCGCACCCACUACUGCAGCAACUGCACUCCUCACCUCCGCCCUACCAAAGAUAAACAAAAACAUUACCCUUAUCACAUGUACAUAUUUUUUCUGAAAUUUUGGAAUAAUUUUGUUUUAUGUUAUACUGAAUUCCUAAUAUUUAGCGUCUCUCAUCGAAAUACAUGCAGUUAAUGCGGAUAAUAUGUGUGUGUCAUAUCAUAUUGAUAACUAAUUAAAACUGCAGACUGUAAAAAAAUGGAUUUGAUUCACAUCCCUCACUUUACUUCAUUGAAAACUGAAUUUGUUAGAGCAAUUGACAGAGUAUGGGUAUCAGAUGAAAGAGUUUUGAUCAUAACCGAGAAGGAUGAAGUUUACGGAAUAGGCAAAGGUUUGAUGAGUGAUUCAAAAGGACGUUGUGAUGUUCAUGAACCGGUGACUAUCUACAAUCUGAAUGGGAAAAAAGUGAAAGAUUUCGUUUUUGGUGAUGAUUUUGUCUUCGCUGUGAAUGAAAAUGGACAAUUAUUUAGCUGGGGAGCCAACGAAUGUGGGCAGUUGGGUCUUGGGAACCAAGUUACGACUUAUUCACCGACCUUGGUUUCAUCUCUGUCAAGUAAAAAAGUUAUUAAAGUCGUUUGCAGAAGUAAGCAGGGUUUCGCGCUGUCUGAUGAUGGACAGCUAUUUUUCUGGGGUGGUAAUUCAAAUCUGUCUCCAGUCAAAACUGGGAAACUGAAUGAUAGAGUCACAGACAUCUUGUAAUUUUUUUUAGCAUGUUACGUAUUCUACUCGAUUAUACAUUCUACUCGUAUCAGCAUUUAAGCAUUCCCUACAUCGUUUCAGCAACGCGUACAUGCGCGCGCACGCGUAUAUAAGUAGUUUUCGUUUUCGUCGUUGUUCCGCUGCUUCUAUAGCGUUCGAAAACGAGAUCCAGCAACCAGCAGCGAUGGCGGUGUGGCAGGACAGAAGGCUUGGUAAUCGGAAGGUCCAGAGUUCGAUCCCCGCUCGAUUCCAAAUUUUUGAAAAUUUUUUUUUGCCAUAAAUUUUUUUUCAAGUGUAUUUUAUUAAUAUUAUUUUUAUUUUUCGAAUAGUAUGCCGAAUUAGGCGAGGCGAAGCCGAGCCGUUCAUAAUUUAUAUUUCACUCGAUCGACAUUACUCCCCUUGGUGAGUUCAGACGGAGGCUGGACAUUUACCGUGUAUGUAGCACUUGCGGUUGUUUAUAAAAAAAUUGUACUCACCGAGGCCGAAGGCCGAGGGAAGUUAAACGACAUAGUAUGAACGACAAAGCGACCAGCGCAACCGAGGCGAAGCCGAGGUGAGCAGACACAACGCCCCCCAACACUAAAAACAGCAAUACAUACGUGAUAAAUAUCCCUUGUUGCUGAAAUGUAUGUAGGGAAUGGUAAAAUGCCUGGUCACUAUCGUAUUGGUAGAUAGCGCUUUAAUACAAAGCCAAAUAUUCAGUUAGGUAAAAAUUAGGAUUAAUUAUAUACACGUUAUCGAAGUGUUAAAUUGUAAAUAAGUUUGAAUAAAAUGUUAUAAAAAACGUAUUAAAAUAUGUGAAGUUAAAUUCAGAAAUCAAUACGUUGGUGUCAAACACCAUAUUUGGCGACGAGAAUGGCUCAACUUGAUGCGGCUGCACUUGCACGGCUUUUAGCGAGUCUCGAAACUUUGGCAACAGCAAGUACCGAAAGACGGCCUCAAACAGAAAACCAGUCACCGGCACUGCCGUUUCAACCCUAUAAAGAAGCAGACGAAUCGUUUUCUUCGUUUUUGGAAAGGUUAGAAAACCACAUCUCUUAUCGAGCAAUUCCAGAAACAGAUAAAGCCAAGGUAUUUAUCAACUCGUUAUCACCGAAGCAUUACUCCUUAUUGAAAACUUUGGUUCAACCAAGUUUACCGAAGGAAAAAACCUAUGAUGACUUAACUAAGGUUUUAAAAGCUCAUCUAGAACCUCAGCCGAAUCAUGUUGCGGAACAAUAUAAAUUUACGAAGUUUACCCAGAAAGAAAACGAAAGUUUUAGCGAUUUUCUUGGCAGACUACAGCAAGCUGCGGGUAAGUGUGAUUUCAAAUGUCCACACUGCGAUAAAUCGACGAUCGAAACACACCUCCGUACUCAAUUUAUUUGCGGCAUAAACGACUCGGAAAUACGUGAAAAACUGUUGCAAGAUGCUACUCUGACAACCGACGGUGCGUUGAAACAAGCGAAUGUAUUCGAAAGCUCACGUGGUGUUAGAAAUCUUUCAAAUAAUCAUCAAUCUGCUAAAAUUGGUAAGAUUAUGAAGAAUAAAUCUUCAAAUUCGAGAAGUGAUUCGCAAACUGAAGAACACAAACCGAAAUCUAAAUGUUAUCGAUGCGGCUAUAAAAAUCAUUCCGGUGCGGACUGUAAGUACAAAUCUGCAACCUGUGAUAAGUGCAAAAAAAUCGGACAUUUAGCGAAUAUGUGUAAAACAAAAUCGACAAAUUCAACAGAAGAUCGGAAAAAAUCGGUGAAAUCUGUUGAUAAACGUGAUAAUGAUGCUAUUAGAGACGAACGUGAUAUGUAUCAGGUAAAUACCUCGAGCAACGCGAAAAACAAGCUCCUUAUCAACGUUAAUGUAAACAAUGCUACGAUUCCGAUGGAAGUAGAUACCGGAGCUGAAAUUUCAGCUAUGUGUUUGGAAGAAUUUCGCCGAAAAUUCGGUAAUAUGAAGCUUGAACCAGCCGAUUGUUCGCUUCGUUCGUAUUUCAAAGAAGAAAGUUCACCACUGGGGUAUGUUACCUUAGAUAUCGAAUAUAAUGGUGUAAAAUCUCGCGGUAAAUUAUACAUACCUGAUACCCAAACAGCUGAUACGGUCAUUGGGCGAGAUUGGCUUACUUCAUUUGGUCUAAUUAAAGGAAAUUCGAUCCAUAUCAACAAUUUGGUCACGACUACGCUCAACGAAGAUAACGAUCCUUCAGGUCAACGUGAACUUGAAGAAAUAUUAGCUGAAUAUUCAGACGUUUUCGAUACUUCGUGCGGCGAGUUAAAAAGUCCACCAGCGAAUCUACGGUUAGUAAACGACAACGUAACUCCUGUUUGUUUAAAACCUGCACCUCUACCUUAUGCGCUCCGCGAUCCUGUCGAAAAAGAACUCAAAUCGAUGGAAGCUAAAGGUCAUAUUCGCCGAGUACAACACAGGGAUGGAAGAGCCUUGAAUUCAGGGCUCCCGCUCUUGGCUCUGGCUCAGCUCCCCGCAAGUUUCAGCUCUGGCUCGCUCUUGGCUCUUGGCACUUUUUCUUUACAUGAGCUCUUUGGCUCCUUGCUCGCUCCUCAAUUCUUUCCGACUCCGCUCUUUGACUCUCGACUCCCUCUUCCAAUUUCUCGGCUCCCACUCCAGCUCUGGCUCUGGCUCUUGGCUCUUUAAAUUAGAGUUCAAAAUUCGUGAAAAACGAUGAAAAAAAUGAAAAUACACUGCAUUUAUUUUCAUUUCAUUUCUCAAUGAGGAAAAAAACUUAGAAAUUCUUCAUUUUCUUCACAAAUGUGAGUUAAAAGUUGAAUUUUUGAUAAAAUUGUGCGCAUUUUUCAACUUUUUUCUCUACUUUUAGGGAGCCAAAGAGCCUGAAAAAUUUUGUGGGCUCCCACUCGGCUCUGGCUCUUUCCAGGUUAAAGACUCCUUAUGAUGAUGGCUCUCUUGAGUAAAAUAAGGAGCUCUUUUGCAAGAGAGCUCGUGAUGUUUUUCUGCACUUUCAUUUAUUUGGCUCUUGGCUCUGGCUCUAGCUCCUCAAAAAAUCCGGCUCUUUCAGACUCUGGCUCCGGCUCGCUCCCGGCUCUUCCAUCCCUGGUACAACAUCC